AUGUCUGCUGAAGAGUUUAAAAAACAAGGAAAUGCUGCAUUUGUAGCAAAAGACUUCGGUAAAGCCGCCGAGCUAUUCACGCAGGCGAUUGAGGCAUCGGAAACACCUAACCACGUUCUUUACUCCAACAGAUCAGCGUGUUAUGCAUCGCUAAAACGUUUCGGGGACGCUCUGCAGGACGCUGAAAAAUGCAUUGAGAUCAACCCUGGUUGGUCGAAGGGCUACAACAGAGUUGGUGCGGCACACUCGGGACUCGGGAACUUGGACAACGCCGAAAAAAGCUACAAAAAAGCUUUGGAGCUAGACGCUUCCAACAAGGCUGCUCAAGAAGGUUUGGACCACGUGCAGCGCACUCAGCAAAGCAGACAACAGCAGCCCGAUCUAGGGUUUGGUCAGCUCUUCAACGAUCCCAACAUGAUUGAGAAGCUAAAGCAGAACCCCAAAACCGCAGAGCUCAUGAAGGACCCUCAGCUUGUCGCCAAAGUUUUGCAAUUCAAGGCCAACCCUCAGGCAAUGGGUACCGAGUUUUUGCAGGACCCACGUAUGAUGACCAUAAUGGCAGCUCUUUUGGGCAUAGAUUUAAGCAUGGGUGGUGAAGAUAAGCCUGAAGAGCCUGCUAAACAAGCCGAGGCCCCUAAGCCCGCGGAAGCUGCUGCCCCAGCAGAACCCGCCAAGUCUCAAGCCUCUGAACCAGAAAGCAAGCCAUCGGCUGCCAAAGAAGAACCAAUGGAAGUCGAUGAACCUGAAGUCGACUCGAGAGCUGCUGCUGAUGCGGAAAAAGCCGAGGGCAACAAGUUCUACAAAUCUCGUCAAUUUGACGAAGCCAUCGAGAAAUACAACAAGGCCUGGGAACUUCACAAAGAUAUCACCUACUUGAACAACCGCAGUGCCGCGGAGUACGAGAAAGGUGACUAUUCUCAGGCGAUCCAAACGCUGACAGAAGCCGUGGAUCAGGGCAGAGAAAUGAGAGCUGACUACAAGCUCAUUGCUAAGUCUUUUGCUCGUAUCGCUAAUGCAUACGUGAAGUUGAACGACCUACCAAAGGCAAUCGAAUACUACCAAAGAUCCUUAACGGAGCACCGUACCCCAGACACAUUGACCAAAUUGAGAAACUGUGAAAAGGAACUCAAGGUUCGUGAAUCUGAGGCUUAUGUGGAUCCGGAAAAGGCCGAAGAAGCUCGUUUACAAGGAAAAGAUUUCUUCACCAAAGGUGACUGGCCCGGCGCAGUAAAUUCAUAUACCGAAAUGAUCAAGAGAGCUCCAGAAGACGCACGCGGCUACUCUAAUAGGGCAGCUGCACUAGCCAAGCUGAUGUCGUUUCCUGAUGCCAUCAAGGACUGCGAGAUGGCCAUUCGCAAAGAUCCGAACUUCAUCAGGGCUUACAUCAGAAAGGCUACCGCACAAAUCGCAAUUAAGGAAUUUGUGGGUGCGAUGGAGACACUAGACAUCGCCCGCUCUAAGGAUACCGAACUCAACAAGGGAUCUAGCGUGAGAGAGAUUGACCAACUAUACGUCAAAGCCUCGCAACAAAGAUUCCAGCCUUCUGAUCCAAAUGAAACACCAGAGCAAGCUUAUGAAAGAGCUCUAAAGGACCCUGAAGUUGCUUCGAUUAUGCAAGACCCAGUGAUGCAAAGCAUCUUGUCCCAAGCUCAGCAGAACCCUGCUGCGUUGCAGGAACACAUGAAGAACCCAGACGUUUUCAGCAAAAUCCAAACAUUGAUUGCUGCUGGUAUCAUUCGCACGAGAUAG